ACGGAAAUUGAGACGGAACUGGCAAUCCGCUGUACGGGAUUGACAGCAAAUAAAUUUGCAUAUGCCGCAACUAUGGGUGACAAAAUGACGAUCAAGGGUCAGCUGAAGGUCAAUGAAUAUUUCCAAGUUGAAGGAUGCGAAAAUGUCUAUGCUAUCGGUGAUUGCAACAAUGUAGAUGAAACCAAGAUGGCGUACAGAGCCGGACAGCAUGCUGAUUUGUUGCUCGACAAUCUUGUCAAAGAAUCUGAAGAAAAAGAGAAGACACCUUAUAAACCCGGCGGUACAAUGAUGCUGUUAUCGAUUGGUCGUGAAGGUGGAGUUUUUCAUUUACCAAAUGGGUUUAUUUUUGGCAGUUUUCCAACCAGACAUCUAAAGAGUAAAGACGUGUUCGUGGGCAAAUACUGGAAAGAGUCCGGGUUGAAAUGUCCACAGGACUAGCGGCGGAACAGAAAAUGCUACCCAGUGAAGGACUGCGAUCUGUGCUACCAGUAUCACUGCUGACAUACAAUACCGUACUGAGGAGGCAUUUUAACCUCGUCCAAGAAUACUACUUUUAUAAUAGCUAUUGCUGGUCCCGGAAUAAUAAUUGUAUAUUUUAUGCUCAACAGGAAAUGGUUAGAAUACCAUUAGUUUAGAUAUAUACACGUUGUUGUACAAGUUGUGUGUACUGAAGUUCUGUGGAGUGACAGGUCGUUGUUGUUGUUGGUGGUGGUGGUGGUGGUGGUGGUGGAGGUGGUGGUGGUGGCCCUUUUCAAUUUCAAGUUAAGUUGUUUUUAUUCACCAUCGUGGUAAUUUGACAUAGGAUUACAAUAUAAUUUAACUGACACAGUAUUAUAUGUACAGAAUCUUAACGAGUUGAAGGGGUAUGAGGUUCAGAAUACGGUGGAUGGGGUGCCAAAUUGUUUCAGCAUAUUCAGUUUAAAUUUAACGCGAAGAAACCGACGGGGAAACACAAAUAUUGCUUUCAGAUAAUGAAGACAUCAACACAACGUGUGAUGAAUCAAAUGAUGCCUAUUGAUAUUUAGACCAACGCAAACUAUAAAUGUAAUUUUUUUCAUAUUAUUUAGAUAGGAUAGAAGGGUUGUUUAGGGCCAUGUGCAGGUUUUUUAAUGUUUAUGGAAAUCAUAAAUGGUUUUUCGUUGUAAACUUUGUAGCGGAGUACGAGUCUAUUAUAACGUACGAACUAAUAUGAACCGUAGUACUAUAUGUUGUGUGAAAUACGAAUAAACUUGGUUAAUACUAACAAAAUCAAA